ACCAUCUCUCUCAUCCUCUCUCUCUCUCUCUCUCUCUCUCUCUUGUCCCUCGCACUCGCAUUCAUUCUUGAAUGUUGAUUUAGCCCGAACCUCUUUGCUCAUCAUCCGGUUUACAAUUCAAGAAGAGGGAUUCAAAAAAAGAAAAGAAACAGAGGGAGAGAGAGAAAGAAAAAAAAAACUAAUUCUUAAUAGUGGAUAAGACCCUCUUAAUCCACUCCAAUAUUUAAGGAAUUAAGAGACUUAAUCUCUGUUUUUAGAUAAGAAUAGAAUUUCAUUUACGCACCAAAUCUGGGCUUAAUCUAUACCCUUUCCUACACACACCAAAAGAAAAAAAAGAGCACGUUUUUUGGUUUUAGCUUAAUGGAUAAAUUUCUUGAUCAGUUUGUUAUUUUCCUUGAACUCAAAUUUUGAAGUUCAAGAACUCCUUCCGUCCAUAUAUUUGCUUUUCUUAUUUUAACUAUUCUUUUUAGUAGCAGCAGCAGCAGUAGUAGCAGGAGUUGGAGUAGUGCUGUUGUUGUUCUUGUACUGUUCAUGGAUUACUGCAGCUUGAGAGAAAUAGAAGGGAAACAAGCACAUGAUCCGAUAUUCAUUGAGAAUAUGAAUAAAAAAAAGAUAUCAUCUUUAAGGUGUAUAUGUGUUCCUGGUCCGGUAAUUGUUGGAGCUGGUCCUUCUGGUUUAGCAGUAGCAGCUUGUUUAAAAGAAAGAGGUGUCCCUAGUAUAGUACUGGAAAGAUCCAAUUGCAUAGCUUCUUUAUGGCAGUUAAAGACUUAUGAUCGUCUCCGUCUCCACUUGCCAAAGCAAUUCUGCGAGCUUCCACUUAUGGGUUUUCCUCAAGGAUUUCCAACUUACCCUACCAAGCAACAAUUCAUUGAUUACUUAGACAAAUAUGCAGACAAGUUUGAUGUCAGACCGCGCUUCAAUGAGACUGUUUCACACGCUGAAUAUGAUCAAGUUCUUGGGUUUUGGCGCGUGAGGACUGCUGGUCCUAAAGUUGAGGAAACUGAGUAUGUGUGCCGGUGGUUAGUGGUGGCUACCGGAGAGAAUGCGGAGGCACUGGUGCCGGAGAUUGAAGGAAUGGGAGAAUUUGGCGGUGAUAUAAGGCAUACAAGUUUGUAUAGAAGUGGUGAAGAGUUUAGAGGGAAAAAGGUUUUGGUUGUUGGUUGUGGUAAUUCAGGAAUGGAAGUUUGUUUAGAUCUAUGCAAUCAUAGUGCCAAGCCUUCACUUGUGGUUAGAGAUACGGUGCAUGUUUUACCAAGAGAGAUGCUAGGAAAAUCAACUUUUGGGUUGUCCAUGUGGUUGCUAAAGUGGCUGCCCAUGCGCCUUGUCGAUCGGUUCCUGUUAGUAGUGUCAAGGUUGAUGCUCGGCGAUACUUCAAGAUUUGGAUUAGACAGGCCGCAAUUGGGUCCCCUUGAACUCAAGAACAUGUCCGGCAAGACCCCAGUCUUAGAUGUUGGGACACUAGCAAGGAUCAAAAGUGGAGACAUUAAGGUAUGUCCAGGAGUUAAGAGGCUGAAACGACAUACUGUAGAGUUUGUUAAUGGGAAAUUGGAGAGUUUUGAUGCUAUUGUCUUGGCAACAGGUUAUAAGAGCAAUGUGCCGUCUUGGCUUAAGGAAGGAGGACAGAUGUUUUCAGAGAAAGAUGGGUUGCCAAGAAGGCCAUUUCCAAAUGGGUGGAAAGGUGAAAGUGGGCUAUAUGCAGUGGGGUUCACUAAACGUGGUAUUCUUGGUGCUUCAAUGGAUGCAAAAAGAAUAGCUGAAGAUAUUGAAAGAUGUUGGAAAGCUGAAGCUAAGCAUUCUAUGGCCUUUGCUAGAUCACUUUUGCCCCAAACAUCAUCAUGAAUUCUUUUCUUUUCUUUUUGCCUUACUUUAUUCUUUAGAUAUAUAAAUAUAUUAUAUAUUAUAUAUAAAUAGAAUUAUAGGAUAUUGGAGGGUUUUUCUUCAAUGGUUGCCAAAUGUUGGUACCAAAGUUAGUACUCCUCCAAUAGAGGGAAAAGGAAAAGAAGAAAAAAAAAACAGAGAAAAAAAAAAGUAUAAAAGAAAUGAGAGUUGUAGCUGGGAAGAGGCCUUAUCUUCUUUUAAAGAAUGACACCAAGCCUAGCUAGGCAUUGGAAAAAGAGGAAUUUAAGAAGCAAAGAAAGGAAGAAGGUUUGGUGUGUGGGAUUAAUUGGGGGGACCUCAAUCAGCUGUGUGUAUAUCUUGUACAUUACCAUUUUUCUCUAAUUAGGUAUGACUUUUCAGAGAGGAAGGGGAGAUGGUGGUGGUGGUGGUGGUGGUGGUGGUGGGUUGUUUGGUAUUUGUUUUUCUAAAAGUUAUAUGAUUUGAUUGUGAUUAACCUUUUAAAUUAUCUUAUUUCAUGGGGUUUUGAAUUGGAUGAAACUUGAGAGUGGAGAGUUUUAACAUUCUGAUGUUCAAAUUUCUCUAAUUUAGCUUUUGCAUUUGCUUCAUUUUUCAAUCAUUAAUUUUUUUUUUUUUUUUUUGAGGCUUUUGUUUCAAGGUGACUUCUAAGCAAAAGAAUUACUUCUAAUGGAAUCCUUACUUACAUAAUGACUUGUUCUUCUUAUGCUUCUCUUUUUUCCAUUUUUUUCAUAAUCUUUUCUUCUUUUCUCCAAGCACUAAAUCAUUCAAGUACUGGCCAGGACCACCACUUUUCCCCGGAAAAUACAUAUGAACAUUUGAAUAUCAGCAUAAUUAUUAAAAAAGACAAAAAGGAAAUUACCAUAUAUCAAUCUUGCCUCAUUUUUUUCUUCUAUUCCCAUUAUAAAUAUUACCUGUUAAAGUCAGUUAAUUACUCUUCAGUAAUCAAGUGUAUAAUCAUUUCAAAAAAUUUCAAUUUGCUUAAAAAGAUAUUAAUUUCAAUAAUAACCUAUCUAUGUUUAAAACAGUGAUAAUAAGCAACACUAAACAAGGUACCCAUUUUGGCAAUUACAUCACUCAAAAAAAUGUUUUUACCAAUGAAAAUAAGAGCUAUCCAGCAAUAGCAAAUUAAUGUUUUGGUCAGCCAAUUCAGAAAAUGCCUAAGCACAUAUAAAAGUGUAUUGCCUUGCCUUUUCUGUAGAGUAAGUGGUAAAACUUGAAAUGGGCAAGCAAAUGUGAUAUUCUUGGAAUCUUCUUAAAACAAAAACAAAAGCAAUUUGUAAAUAUGGUGCUCUUCAUAGUCAUAUAAAUCCAAUCAAAGUAAUUGGUAGACCCACCAGCAGUCACUGUUUUUAUCAACCUGAAAAAAAGUUCAAGUAGGUUUUGGCCAACAUAAAUAUCAGUUGGAUUGUUUGAUCUCUGACCCCAAAUUAAAAAGGGCAACAAAAAAAAAA